AUGGCAUCUACAACGUUACCUCACGCAUCCUCAUCUAGGCUCGCGAGCGUGAGCGAAACGGAGGCGUUUCCCAUCAUGUCGGCCACCUCGCUCGAAAACCCACAGCCAGGCAAGCGAAGGGGAAGCUUUGGUCAAGGAACGCCACGCAAGCCCGUUUCGCGCAGCAAAAAGGCGGUUGCUGCUGUCACAGGUGCAGUCUCGACGUCAUUCCUCAUGACGCCUUUUGAUGUCAUCAAGACGAGGUUGCAGACGCAGGCCAGCGCUGAACCGCUCUUUUAUCCCUCGCAGCAUCUUGCUUCCGCUUCUAGUUCACUUUCAUCGACAUCGACAUCGACAUCCAGCUUAGACAAGGGCAAAAGCAUCGUGCGAGGCUCUUCAUCCUCAUUCGCUUCAAGGGCACUGCAAGCUCAUCCGGCGACGUGCUGCCAGCAGACGUUCUUCAGCUCGAAUCGACAACCAGAAUCCAUCCUGUGCCGCUACGAUCCACGACAGGCCUCUUCAUCCGCCACAGCAUCAACGUCAGCAACUUCAUCAUCCCCUGCAUUCUUCACGCCGGCUUCUUCUGGAAAAAGCACCUCGACUAGAUCCGCACCACGAACCACAUCGACUCGCUUCGGUCGUCACACCACCUCUUUCACCCCUUCCCCGACUCCGCAUCGUUCGAGCGUGCGCGUGCUCCCAUCUCCGCCACCUGCACCUGUGGGAUACCUACACCCGGCACCAUCGGCAGUCACGGCCAACGGCACGUCCUCGUGCGCGUGCGUCUUCCCUGACCAGAUCGUCGCUGCACGCGAGCUUAAUGCGGCCGCCGCAAAACAGGGCCGGCUGACGGGGUUGUGGGACGGGGUGAUCAAGGUGGGGAAAGCGGAGGGGAUACGUGGGCUAUGGCGCGGCUUGGCGCCCACACUCAUGAUGACGGUGCCCGGGCAAGUGACGUACAUGUCGUGCUACGACUUUUUCCGUAGUCAUCUGCUUGCAUCCGAGGACACCGGGCGGAUCCGGGCGACGUUCCAAGAGUCUUCGGCUGCCAAUGGGCGUGAGUUGGGGGUCGCGGGCAAGACGCCCUCGCUGUCGGCGGUAACGGCGCAGUCGCUGUACGCCUCCCUGCUGGCGGGGGCGCUUGCACGUGGGAUCUCGGCGACGCUGGUGACGCCGCUCGAGUUGGUGCGGACAAGGUUGCAGGCGUCGUCGCUCGCGCAGGCUUCGUUAUCGAGCAUCUUGCGCGGGUUGUGGAUUGAGAUGCGCACGACUUCUCUGAGGAGCGGUGGCGGGCCGUUGAUCUUGUGGCGUGGCUUGACACCAACACUGUGGCGGGACGUGCCGUUUAGCGCGAUCUACUUUGCGGGUUACGAGGCGACCAAGCGCUCGCUCACUGGUGGCGGGCUGGGCGAGGGCAACGCCGCAGGCAGCGGCGAAGAGUUCGGCGUCGCGUUCGUAGCCGGUGCGCUUUCGGGCUCGUUUGCAGCUGUGCUCACGCAUCCUUUCGACGUCGUCAAGACGCGCCUGCAGACACAGGGCUCGCCGAGAGAAGCCGAAGGCAGGCUGUCCGGCUCGUUGCGCGCCUCAAGGCCUCUCGAGGUCAACGUGUGGACGGCGAUGCGCCAGAUUGUGGAGAAGGAGGGUGGGAAGGGGUUGUGGAAGGGGCUGAGCCCCAGGACGGCCAAGGUCGCCCCGGCGUGCGGGGUCAUGAUUGCUAGUUUUGAGGUCGUCGGCAGGGCGUUGGCUGAUCUGGAUAUUUAG